AUGGCUUCAAGCUUCACUGUGAACUGUCUCACACCCACCGAGGUGGUUGAGACCGUCACCCUCGCAGGCACCAUCAAGGGUAACAUGCGCCUUGAUAAGGUGUUUUUCAGCAGUGUCUCCGCUGGAUGCUUGCUUGCAUUCGCUUGCGCCACCGCUCUCAGCACCAACACCGCCCCUUGGUUGCAGGAGAAUGCGCCCGGUCUGAUCCGUACCAUUGCAGCCUUGGUCUUUCCUUACGGGUUGUGCAUGAUUAUCCUGACCGGUGCCGAUUUGUGUACCGGAUCUUUCAUGUUCACCACCAUGGCAGCCCUCCAGCGCCGUCUCCCCUGGUACAAAAUGUUGAUUCACUGGUUCGUCACUUUCCUCGGCAACUUGUGCGGCUCCCUCUUCAUGGUCGCCAUCAUCCUCGGAUACGGCCAAGUCUUCAGCGCCGACCCCUACAAGAGCCAAGUCAUCUCCUUCGCGACCAAGAAGCAAGUCACUCCCGAAUGGCAAACCGUCUUUCUGCGUGGUAUCGGAUGUAACUGGCUCGUCUGUCUUGCCUGCUUCUUCGGUAUGCAGGGUCGCGACCUUGCCAGCAAGAUUAUCGGUAUCUGGUGGCCUGUUUUCGCUUUCGUGUCCCUGGGUUUCGAUCACGUUGUCGCCAACAUGACCUUUAUUCCUAUGGCUAUCUGGUUGGGUGCCCCUAAAAUCACGGUUGGAUUGUACAUCUGGAAGGGUAUUAUCCCUGCUUUCAUUGGUAACGUCCUUGGUGGAGGAUUGUUCUGCGGUAUGUACUACUGGUACAUGUACGCUCUCGAGGACGACUUCUCGAUCGCCUUGCAGACCAUCAAAGGCCGCAGACAGAACGUCAACUCUGACAUUGAGGCCAACGCUGCCGCCGCCGUAGGUGCGGGCAUCAAGGAAGCCACUCACUCUGACUAA